AUGUCCCAGACGGCAACCAUCACACCUAUGGCUCCGCCCAAGGUGCUCCAUUCUACGAUGCAAAAAGCGGCUCGUCCAACCAACAACCUGCCUCAGUUCUUACUCGACGAAGCUCAGAUAGCAGACAAGCAGUCCUUCGAUCCACAGAAGCAUCUUAGCUUCGAAUUCCCUAGCAAGAUCUACACAAUGAAGGAGAUUGGCUUUGAAGGGCGGGGCGUUUCCCCCAACGCAGUGACAGCGCCUUUCCAACUCUUCACUGCAGAAGCGAUUAGGCAGAUGAGAGCCGAAAUUUUUAGCGAGCCAGUCCUGCGAGAUUGUCGGUACACGUCAGCCUUUGUGAAAAACACCAUCAGGGGAAUGGGCCCUGCACGAGCUCCAUUUACCUGCGAUGUAUGGAACUCUCCAGAGGCUCUUGCCAAAAUCUCGGAAGUGGCUGGCAUCGACCUCAUUCCUGCUAUGGAUUAUGAGAUCGCCGCUAUCAACAUUUCUGUCAAUGAUCAAACCGUGACAAUCAAAAAGGACGACGCGCCGAACGACGAUGGUCUGCCUGUUUUUGCAUGGCACCAUGAUAGCUACCCAUUUGUCUGUGUGACCAUGCUUUCUGAUUGCACCGGCAUGACCGGUGGAGAGACUGCGCUGAAGACAGCCAGCGGGGAGAUUAUGAAAGUGCGCGGCCCUGCCAUGGGUACUGCUGUUGUGAUGCAAGGAAGAUACAUUGAGCAUCAAGCAUUGAAAGCACUCGGUGGUCGCGAACGUAUCAGCAUGAUCACCUCAUUCCGACCAAAGUCCCCGUUUGUCAAGGACGAGAGCGUCCUUACUGGGGUGCGUCCGAUUAGCAAUGUGUCGGAGCUAUAUGCCCAAUACACGGGUUACCGAAUCGAGACUCUCCAAGAGCGAUUCCGAGCUUUUCAAAAGCAGGAACUAAGACGGGACCAAGCAAACCGUCCAUUCGACCCCGCGGCUGCUAAGAAGUUCUUGACUGAGCAGAAAGAGUUCCUGGAGUCUACUAUUGCGGAGCUCCUGGAGUAA